AGCGGGCCAUCAGUCAAACAGCAUUCAACUCCCCGGAGUCCUCAGAAGGAUACCAAGACCAAGAAGGAGAAUUAUGUGGAUACGGGCAAUAUUGGUAGCUGUGCUGGUGUGUCUCCUGAUUCUACACCUUCUGAAACUGCUCCGAACGAACAAGAAGUACCCUCCCGGGCCUCCUCUAUAUAUAACAGCUGCAAAGUUUAUAAAGGCUGGAUUCCAAGUUCAUCCUGACAUGCUCGCUGAGCUGGCAAAGGACUAUGGAAACAUUUAUACUCUAUCUACAAUAUCUGUGCCUCUGGUGAUACUGUCUGGAUUUCAAGCCAUAAAAGAAGGGCUAAUUGAGCACUCAGAAGUAUUCUCUGGGAGACCGGUCACCCCGUUCUAUAAAGCUGUAGCACACGAAAAGGGUAUCGUAUUCUCAAAUGGUCACACCUGGAAGCAGCAGAGGAAGUUUGGAAUAUCUAUCAUGCGGAAGCUGGGCAUGGGAAAGAAAGGUGUGCAGAGCCAAAUAGAAGAUGAGGCCCACGAACUUGUGGAGACUUUUGCACGUGCAAAGGGGCAGCCACUUGACCCCUCAUUACCCAUCAUUAACUCAGUCUGCAAUGUGAUAUGUGCUCUGGUUUUUGGACAUCGGUAUUCUGUUGAUGAUGAAGAAUUCCUCAAGCUGAUACAUUCCAUUGAAUGUAGUGUAAAAUUUGGAGGUACCUUCUUUCAUCUUAUGUACGAAGCAGUCCCAUGGCUCAUGAAACAUAUCAAAUGGCCAUACAAGGAGGCAUUUGCCGCUGUAGAUGUUGUGCUUUCACAUGCAAGGAAAGAGACAGAAGCGCAUAGGGCACAACUGGCAGUGCAUGAUCCACGGGAUUUCAUCGACUACUAUCUACUCCAGAUGGAGAAAAGCAAGAAUGACCCCACUUCAACAUAUGAUGAUACCAACCUGUUUCAGUGUAUUUCUGACUUAUUUGUUGCUGGGACAGACACAACCAGCGCCACCCUGCAAUGGGGACUGCUUCUCAUGGUGACUCAUCCAGAUAUCCAAGGUGAAUAUGAAUUCCGUAAUGUAGACAAGUACCACUCUAUUCUUAGCAGCUUGCUAAAGAGUUCAUAUCGGGGCUGGUUAAUAUAUCAGCACAAGCUGGAAGUCUGUGAAGAACUGGUGGGCGGAUAA